CCGCCCCCCUCUAUGAGGCAGAGGCCGCGGCGGCCGUUAGCGCUGUCGCUCCGGGGGCCGCGGCGGGCGGGGCUCUGGCGGGGCCCGGCCUAGUCCCCACCCUAGCACGGCUCCCAGCCGCCCGCCCUCCCUCCCUCUCCCCGAUGCAGGGGGCCGAGCUCCGGGAUGGCGAGGCGGCGGCGGCGGCCGCUUCGUACCGCGUCCUGAGCCGCCUGCUCGGCUAUGGAGAGGCGGCCCCCGAGCCAGGCCCGCCGCCGCCUCCGCCGCCCCCGGGCCAUGGCCCCCCGCCGCCACCCUUCCUCGCGCGGCCCGGCCCCCGGGGCUCCAGGCCGCCGCAGCUGAUGGUGUUCCGCAACGUGGGUCGGCCGCCGGAGGAGGAGGACGCGGAGGCGUCCCCGGAGCCGGGACCCUCGGAACUGCUGUGUCCUCGGCACCGCUGUGCCCUGGACCCCAAGGCCCUGCCGCCGGGGUUGGCGCUCGAGCGGACCUGGGGCCCGGCGGCUGGACUAGAGGCACAGUUGGCGGCUCUGGGGCUCGGGCAGCCGGCGGGGCCGGGGGUGAAGACGGUCGGUGGGGGUUGCUGCCCGUGUCCGUGCCCCCCGCAUCCGCCUCCUCCGCAACCCCAGCCGCCUGCUGCCGCCCCGCAGGCCGGGGAGGACCCCACGGAAACGAGCGACGCGCUGCUGGUCCUGGAGGGCUUGGAAUCGGAGGCCGAGAGCCUGGAGACUAACAGCUGCUCGGAAGAGGAGCUCGGCAGCCCGGGCCGCGGAGGAGGAGGGGGCGGCCGGUUUCUGCUGCAGCCCCCAGGCCCGGAAUUACCCCCAGUGCCCUUCCCGCUGCAGGACUUGGUCCCUCCAGGGCGCUUGAGCAGAGGGGAGCAGCAGCAGCAACCUCCCCCACCUCCACCUCCACCUGGGCCUCUGCGGCCACUCGCGGGCCCUUCGCGGAAGGGUUCCCUCAAAAUCCGCCUGAGUCGCCUCUUUCGCACGAAGAGCUGCAACGGUGGCUCUGGCGGCGGCGAUGGGACCGGCAAGAGGCCUUCUGGCGAGUUGGCUGCUUCAGCUGCGAGCCUGACAGACAUGGGAGGCUCUGCGGGCCGGGAGCAGGACGCGGGGAGGAAACCCAGGUUGACAAGAACUCAAAGUGCCUUUUCUCCGGUCUCCUUUAGCCCCUUGUUCACAGGUGAAACAGUGUCACUUGUGGACGUGGACAUCUCUCAGCGGGGCCUGACCUCUCCACACCCUCCAACUCCCCCUCCUCCUCCAAGAAGAAGUCUCAGCCUCCUAGAUGAUAUCAGUGGGACGCUGCCUACAUCUGUCCUUGUGGCUCCGAUGGGGUCUUCCCUGCAGUCUUUCCCCCUACCUCCACCUCCUCCACCCCAUGCCCCAGAAGCAUUUCCCCGGAUUGCUCCCAUCCGAGCAGCUGAAUCCCUGCACAGCCAGCCCCCCCAGCACCUCCAGUGUCCCUUCUACCGGCCUGACUCGAGCAGCUUUGCCGCCAGCCUUCGAGAGUUGGAGAAGUGUGGUUGGUAUUGGGGGCCAAUGAAUUGGGAAGAUGCGGAGAUGAAGCUGAAAGGGAAGCCAGAUGGCUCUUUCCUGGUACGAGACAGCUCUGAUCCUCGUUAUAUCCUGAGCCUCAGUUUCCGAUCACAGGGUAUCACCCACCACACUAGAAUGGAGCACUACAGAGGAACCUUCAGCCUGUGGUGUCAUCCCAAGUUUGAGGAUCGCUGUCAGUCAGUGGUAGAGUUCAUUAAGAGGGCCAUCAUGCACUCCAAGAAUGGGAAGUUUCUCUAUUUCUUGAGAUCCAGGGUUCCAGGACUACCACCAACUCCGGUCCAGCUGCUCUAUCCAGUGUCCCGAUUCAGCAAUGUCAAAUCCCUCCAGCACCUUUGCAGAUUCCGGAUCCGACAGCUUGUCCGGAUAGAUCACAUCCCGGAUCUCCCACUGCCUAAACCUCUGAUCUCUUAUAUCCGAAAGUUCUACUACUAUGAUCCUCAGGAAGAGGUAUACCUGUCUCUAAAGGAAGCGCAGCUCAUUUCCAAACAGAAGCAAGAGGUGGAAUCUUCCACGUAGCGAGGGGCCCCCUGCUGUUUUCUACGAAGGGCAUUUGGCUCUAGUUUUGAAGAACCAAAUGAAGCUACCACAAAAAGAGGAGAAACGAGAGAGAAAAGGAAGCAUUGGGAUUCUCUGCGCAAAGACUUUGGUUCCCUUCUGCAACCCUGGGGCUCGGAAGAAGCACAUAACCAUAUUCUCUGAGUGGGGGCUCCAUCUUUCAGAGCCCCUGUGGUAUCCUGGAACUGAAUUAGCUCCUUGGAAAACUGGAAGAUGUCUCUACACUGUUUGUUUUGCAGAAGUUUUAUUUUUGAUAUUUCCAUUUCUUGGUGUGGAAAACUCAUUUUAAAGGCAGCUUGGGUUUGUGGUUAUUGUGUUGAAAGUGGUGUGAGAGAUGAGCAGGUUGGAAGGAGAGAAGGGAAGGAGAAGGCAUUGUGAGUUACAGUCAUUCAGCUGGUGCCAAAGGCAGGUUAGAGUCUUCACCAUGGACCUGGAAGAGAGAGGAAAAGGGGUCAGAGCAGUGCAAAACAAGAUUGGGAAUUUCUGAGGGUUGAGAAUCUGCUUCUCUACAAGUAGCUUCAGUAGAAACAGGAAAGAAAGGAGUGGGGUAGUCUUGAAGAGAAAAUGCGUGGGCACAACAGGCAAAUGGCCUUUGCUGGGAGAAGCAGAGACUCCUCUCACAACCUCUUUUUAAGGGUUAGGAACCUGAUUUCAGAAUCCCCUCUCAUAGAAGCUGUGUUGGGUUUGUUUUACUUAACUCCUGAACUCUGUGACCGCAAAUUAGCCCUAUUCUCCCCCCGCCCUAACCCUUCCCCCGUUGCGGUAACCACAUUUCACUCUGGUCAUGGUGACAUUGUCCCUGUUGCUUCUGCCAGCGGUCAAGGCAGUGGAUUUUCUCAUCACCCAAGCAGUUCAGAACUGCAGUCAUGGGCUGCUGAGGUUCCUGGAACAUACUUCCGGAUUCCCAAGGGCAAACUGUACCCACGACUUGAGAGUCAGUGUUACCUCCACAGGUGUGUCAGAAAUGAAGCUACUGUAGCUGUGCCCUUCCUAGAGAAGUCUCUCUGUGUCUCAGCCUCAAAGGGAUCUCCUUAGAGAGGAGGAGAGCAUUGCCUUUCCUGCUUUUAGAUUUAUCACUGUUGUCCCACAUCUGGGAUAGGAGGGAGUAAGGGCUUCUUUAUUUUCCUUGUUUCUAGCAACCCAGACAUUUCCUAAAUCAGAUCCUGUUUGCCCUCCAUUCAUUGAGAAGUCUGUCAGAUGCUGAUUUGGGAGUUGCAUAUCUUCCAAGUGGAAAUGGAGGAGGAGAGAGGAAAACGCCAAUGCUUUUCAAUGGUCUUUAAUUUUUUCUUAAGCUGGCAAUUGCCAAAUCAUAAAACAUUUGAGUUUGCUUUCCUGUAGAGUUACUCUGGGGAGAGGGUGGCUAUUGACAUGUGAAAAUCUAGCUGUUUGGUCUUUAUUACUCUUUUGCAGUAAAUGUUCCAUGAGACUGCCUUUUUUGAUUGCUCUGUGCUUGUAUCUGCCUCAUCCCAUGAGAUAAACAGUAUGGUCAGGUUUCUGGUUUCCUGGUGGUUUGGGGUAAGACCCCAGUAUCAUGGUGGUUUAUGGGACUGCCUCAUCUGGAAGUGUUGGCCCUCUGCCUCAUACCCUGUGUGGCGUGACCAGGCUUCCUCCUUGUAUCUUAAAAGGGGGGAGACCUGCAUCAGUCCUGGCUGCAAAGUGGUGGCCUGUCAGGAAGUAUCUCUUCUCUGCUUGCCUUCUAUGGCAGUGGAAUUAAGAUUGUGAUCCCAGAAAUUGGCUUAACCUGUGCGUCUUGCUGCUUGAGGCUGCAGAUAACUUGCCAUCUUAUGGAACAUGUCACUCUACCUGCAGCCUGAAGUCUGGAAUCCAUUGAGAUCCUGAGUGGCUGAUGGGCCAUUUUUAAAAAUUAUUUUUUAGUGUUUGUUUGCCUGGCUGUGGGAUAGGUACUGUAUAUAUAUAUACAAGAGAUAGCAGAUGUGAUACCUGGCUUAAGGGAGCUUUUAGGUGACUGCCACACAUGCAGCAAUUGGAGAACGAUUCAGUGUGGCAGAGAAUCAAGAACUGUCUUGAAGGUGAGAGUGGAUACGAUCGGGGUACUCCAGAUGGUCUGGGAAGUCUUUGUGAUGAUGACAUUUGGAUCUUAAAGCGUGGAUAACAUUUGGAUAGGUCAGCUAAGGCAGGACAGUGAGAUGAGAAAUGCGUGAACAGAAGUGUGGAAGCGGAAAUCCGCGUGGCCUGUACCCAACAGUACCUAGCCCUGAGUUAGAGCAGCGCCGUUGAAGAACCCUUUCUCGGUGCAGUCAUCAAGACUGAAACUUCUGGUCAUUAGGCAGGUCUGAAUGCUGAAGGGCUUGAGAUGGUCAGGUGGAUCCCAAAGCCACAAUCAGGGUUCCUGCCCAUCACCAAGGACCUCGCUGUUGCCAGCGCAGGCUAUGUGAGGGACGUGGAGCCUCUGUGCCACAGGACUGGCCGUUUCCCUGGAAGAAUUCAUACACUCAGGUACAAAACCAAACCAGCUGAGGCGGCAUGACCCAGCCUCGCCAUCCACCUUCUUUCUUCUCCAGGGAAGGAUGGUGUUUAAUUGUAUCCAUGAUCUGACUGUUUUAGUCAGAGCCCAGGCUCUAGCCUAAUUACUUGUCAACAGAGUGGGCUGCAAAGUGGUAGUGCAAGAGGAGACAGUCUAUCAGGCAUCUGUGCUCGGUUCCUAUGUGGGCGGCCAUGUGUGGAGCAGGUGAGGAAAUGAGGAGGCUGAGGUGCCUGGCAUGGUGGAAGCGAAUAGACAGAGCCGGCGGGGGGGAGGUGCAGCUGGCCCUCUCAUCGGCCCCAUCUUCCCUAUCUGGGACUCCCUGCCCCUUUCUUUGCUAGUGUUGUGUGGUGCUAAUUGAAAUGCAGUCCACAGAGGGAACUUACUCCUUUUUUGUUGUUGUAUUUUCGAGUCAUGAAUUGGAAAAGGUUCUUACUUCUAGGAACCUACCAUUUCUCAGUUGUCGGGUGGUGACGUAGUACCCUCAGGCUGCCAGUAGAGGGACCCUGCCCAUGUAACCCUUAUUUGUUUAUGAUUGAUCUGCUGUAACCUUCCUCAGGACAGGCAUGGACCAAUGUGAGCUAGUGACAACUACUGCUACAACUUACAAUUACUUGAAAUGUGGGCUGUGGUGGGGAGCACAGGAGUAGGGAGGAUGGGGGCUUUUAAGUGGGUGACGCCUGGCUCGUAGGGAGUUUGGGACCACUGGCGAUUCCUGGGCCUGAUUACCUGCCUGUGCCUAGCUGUAUUGAAUGUAACACUCUGGAGCGAGAGCCGUGGACUGCAGCCCCCACCCUCCUGAGAGGAAGGCUUGGCAGGCAACUGCCUCCUUCCUUCUCGCCUACUUUUCAGUUGGGCUGAAUUUGUAAGCCCCUUAUUAAGGCUAGAAAUGAUAUGAAGAUAGCUGCAAACUUCCCUACAGUCCACUUCUGAGAAGAAUUGGGGAUUGGGGAGUGGCCAGAAUUCCGAGCCAGGUGUGAGAAACUAGAGUAGAGCCAGAAAUGCCCUGGGGUGCCAGCCUUUUCACCCCUGGCUUGGUUGAAGCCCUCUGGUCCCUGCAAGAAGUAGAGAGAGGAGGAACUUUUUCCUCAGGUUCCUUCCCUUCCCUGCUGCUGCUCCCUUAGCUCUGAGCUUUGAAGGUGGAGGUCUGGGCUCUGGGAUUCAGCUCUCUGGCCACUGUAAGGUUUAAAAGUUGUGUGUAUGCGUCUGUCUGUCUGUCUGUCUGUAUUCAUUUGCAAAAGUUUUGCCACCAGUUGAGGUGUUGAGAGAAUCUCCAAUGGGGAGAGACCUGACAUUUGAUUUCCACUUUUAAGAGAAUGACAUGCCCCCUGUCCCUAAGAGAGGAGCUUUUGAGUUAGACAUUUUCCCUAUGGGAAUCCUCUUGGUUUGGUUCGUGGGAAAGAGGGGAAUGGAUAAGUGAUUUUUAUCUCUAAUUGUCAACACAACUGUUCUUACACUGAAUUUGUGCUAUUGCAUACAUGUAGCCAUCUUUCUUUUCACUGCAGCAGUGUUUAUCAGUAGUUCAAAAUGAUUUAUUUGCUCCUGGGGAGUAAAACCUUUUUUUUUUUUUUUUGACUACAAAACUGUAUGAUUCUAUUUAUAUGACAUUCUGGAAAAGGCAAAACUAUUGGGACAGAAAACAGAUCAGUGAUUGCCAGGAGCUGGAGGUAGGGGAAGGAGAUUGUCUUAGUUUGCCAGGCUGUUAUGACAAAUACCAAACAGUGGGUUGGCUUAAGCAUCAGGAACUUAUUGGCUCUCAGUUUUAAGGCUAAGAGAAGUCCAAAAUCAAGGCAUCAGCAAAGUAAUUCUUUCUCCCCAAAGUCUGUAAUGUUCUGGUGCUGACUGCCAGCGGUCUUUGGGGUUUCUUGGCUUGUAUUCCUAUCUCUUGUCACAUGAUGAUGGCCUUUCCUUUGUCUUCUGGGUUUCGCUGAUUUCUGGCUUCCAGCUUCUCCAUGUGGCUUUCUCUGACUCUGCCUGCUGGUUUCUCUCUCUUUAUAAGGCCUCUAGUGAUCAGGAUUAAGACCCACCUUCAUUCAGUUGGGUCACACCUUAAUUUAAAAUAACAUCUUCAAGAGGUCCUAUCUACAGUGGGUUCAAACCCAAAGGAAUGUAGUUUAAGAACAUGUCUAAAUUGGGGUACAUAAUUCAGUCUACCACAAGACUCAAUUACAAAAAGGCAUAAGAGAACUCUUGUGGUGAUGGAUACAUUCUUUAUCUUGAUUGCAGUCACUAUAUGUGUCAGAAUACAUGGAAUUGUACAUUAAAAAGGGUGAAUUAUACCUCAACAAACCUGAAUUUAAAACAAAAGUAAAAUGAGGGUGCUAGAAACUUAAUUAUAACUAGUUAUAAAAAUUCUGAUUCUAUUACUUUGGGAAGCCAUUUACAUCCAGAUACACAAAAUGCUUUAGCUGCUUCUUUGGUACAAAUGUUUUCUCUGAGUUAGAGAGCAUCUUUGUGAUCAUGAAUGAUUACUACCGCCUCCUGCUCAAUGAUCUUUGAGAUCCUUUACUGGGAGUCAUAUUCCCGGACAGGUUCUUUUUAAAGCCAUUUCUAUUUGGCAAGGGUUGUACAUUUUCUUGAUGCUUCAAAAGCGUUCCAAGCUGAACGACUUUCAAAAUGCAGGGCACAGACAGCCAGCAAGCUCUUCCUGGCAUCUUGUAAUAUGGGAAGACCCGACCUCGUUAUCUCCCAAAGAGAAUAUCCAAAGCUCAGCCAUAAUUACCCGACUCUGGAGUCUGGCUUGCCCUUUCUUAAUGCUAAGCAGGCUGCUGCUGAAUCAGAAGAAAGCCUUGAGAAGCUUUUCUAUUUGAAAUGGCAACAAUUUCCAGGGUAAGCAUUUGACUGACAUUAGCAGGGCUUCCCAUUUCAAAAUCAAUUUGCAACAUUUCAGGUUUGAAAGGUAAAGGCCAAAGGGAUAAGAGCCUGGUUUUUUGACAACAGAACUAUAUUACCUUUCUGAUCUGAAGGAGAUUUUUUAAAAAUAACACACACUCACAUAUUCUGAUUGAGGCUUUCCAUUUUUGUUUUAACUUGGGAAAACUAUUUCAGUUUUUUCUAUAGAUUUUCAAAUAUUUAUUUUUGAAAGUCUUCAUAAUGGAAAUAAUUGAAGAUAAAGAUUUUAAAUCCCCAGCCAUUAAACAUUCUUAAAUGAAACAGUUGGUCUUUUUAUUAGAUCUCUAAUCUGUCCCUUUUGUCAGUGCAGUAAGGAGAUGAGGCAGUCAGAUCUUACAAUUUCAUAAGGAAAGCCCCAAUCUUAAGGAAAUCUUUUGAAUCCUCUGCUUAGCAACUGUGACCAUCUUGAAGCUGAAGACAAUAAAAUUCUUUUUUAUCUUAAUCCCCUUAAUUUUUUUUUAAAUUCAUUUUAUUGAGAUAUAUUCACAUACCACGCAGUCAUACAAAACAAAUCGUACAUUCGAUUGUUCACAGUACCAUUCCAUA